AUGAGGAUUCUUGGAUCAACUGGGAAGGUGGUAGUGAAGGAGUUAGAAGUCUCUGUGGAUGAGGCUACAGAAGACUGUUCAGUUGAAGGUUCACUAGAAGUGACCAAUGAAAACUUUGGAGCAAUCGUAUGUGGCCAAGUCGAUGUAGUUUCAGUAGACGAAACAAUAGAAGAGUCAUCAGUAGAAGAAACAACGGAAGAAGCCUCAGUAGAAGAAACAACAGAAGAUCCUUCAGUAGAAGAAGCAACGGAAGAAGCCUCAGUAGAAGAAACCUUAGAAGAUCCCUCAGUAGAAGAAACAACAGAAGAUCCUUCAGUAGAGGAAACAACAGAAGAAGCCUCAGUAGAAGAAACAACAGAAGAUCCUUCAGUAGAAGAAACAACAGAAGAUCCUUCAGUAGAAGAAGCAACGGAAGAAGCCUCAGUAGAAGAAACAACAGAAGAUCCCUCAGUAGAAGAAACAACAGAAGAUCCUUCAGUAGAAGAAGCAACGGAAGAAGCCUCGGUAGAAGAAACAACAGAAGAAGCCUCAGUAGAAGAAACAACAGAAGCCUCGGUAGAGGAAACCUUGGAAGAUCCUUCAGUAGAAGAAACAACAGAAGCCUCGGUAGAGGAAACCUUAGUAGACGAAACCUUAGAAGAAGCCUCAGUAGAAGAGACCUUAGAAGAUCCUUCAGUAGAAGAAACAACAGAAGAUCCUUCAGUAGAAGAAGCCUUAGAAGAUCCCUCAGUAGAAGAGACCUUAGAAGAUCCUUCAGUAGAAGAAGCCUUAGAAGAUCCUUCAGUAGAAGAGACCUUAGAAGAUCCUUCAGUAGAAGAAACAACAGAAGAUCCGUCAGUAGAAGACACCUCAUCGGAGGUAAUCAAAGAGAACUUUGGAGCAAUUGUAUGUGGGUGGAAUUCCGAUGUAGUUGCAGAAGCUUCAGUGGAUGAAACAACAGACGAAGAAUCAGUAGGAUAA